AACGCCAUGGGUGCCGGACCGAGCCGCGAGUCCGAAAGGGAACCUCUUCUGGCUCCAGCUCAUCCCGAGACAAACGCGGCGCCUCAGUACAGCAGGGUGUACGGGAGAAGAUGGCUGGUUUUGACGGUGUUCUCGUUGCUGGGCUUCAUGCAGGGCAUGGUGUGGAACUCCUGGGGUCCUAUCCAGAACUCCGCCAUGCGGGCUUUCGGCUUCACCAAGUCCGACAUCGCCGUCCUGGUGCUGUGGGGUCCAGUGGGUUUCAUACCAUGGCUCCUCUUUAUGUGGCUGAUGGAUAAAAAAGGUCUCCGGGUGUCCCUCCUGCUCUCAGCCUUCUUCAUGCUGCUUGGGGCUGCUUUACGAAGCGUACCAUUAGGGGGACAACCACAAAAGCGAUGGUUGAUACACGGCGGCCAGCUCCUGAACGGUUUAGCCGGCCCAACCAUAAUGAGCGCAGGCCCUCUGCUUUCCACCACCUGGUUCGCCCCCGACCAGAGGGCCACCGCCACCGCCGUGGCCUCGCUCAUCAGCUACCUGGGUGCCGCCACUUCGUUUGUGGUGGGUCCCCUGGUUGUCCCCGCCCCCAACGACACCGAGGUGGUGAACAAGGAAGCGACAUUCUCUGACAGCUACAUCCGAGACAGGAUCCAGCUGGUUAUGUAUGCAGAGUUUGGUGCAAUUGCCGUGCUUUUUGCUGCAGUCCUUCUCUACUUCCCUUCGCGGCCCCCGAUGCCUCCCAGCGUAGCCGCCGCAAGCCAGAGACUGAGCUACAGGAGCAGCAUCUGUAGACUUCUCAGUAAUCUGCGGUUCUUGAUGAUAGCCAUGGCCUAUGCAGUCCCCACUGGAGUGAUCGCUGGUUGGUCUGGAGUGUUGGACAUGAUCCUCACUCCAGCCAAAGUCAGUCAGGUGGAUGCAGGCUGGAUUGGGUUUUGGUCCAUAGUUGGCGGCUGUGUGUUUGGCGUGGCCAUGGCGAGAUUUGCAGACUCCAUCCGAGGGAUGCUGAAGCUCAUCCUGGUGCUGAUGAUGGCUGGAGCUUCGCUGUCUUCCACCUGGUUCACGCUCACCUGUUUGACAAGACUCACUCACCUCCCCUCCACCGCAGCCACGUUGUACACGUCCUGCAUCCUGGUGGGGAUCUUCAUCAACAGCAGCAUUCCCAUCUUCUUUGAGCUCUUCAUCGAGACGGUUUACCCGGUCCCUGAGGGCAUCACCUGUGGAGUGGUCACCUUCCUGGGCAACUUGGUCACUGGCCUGCUGCUCUUCUUCCUCACCUUCUACUGUACUGAGCUGUCAUGGCUGAACUGGUGUUUGACUGGCUCCUGUCUCUUCAGUCUGGGCCUCAUCCUCUUCUUCAGGGAGUCCUACGACCGCCUCUACCUGGACGUCUUUGUCUCCGUCUGACACAAGCAGUGUUUGGGGGGGGGGGGGCAAUCUCUUGAAUAAUAAUCAUUGCAC